UCGUUUCAUAGAUUCGACAUUGGUCGGCUGAGCACAACUGGAACUUGCCGUCAUGUCGUCGCUGGUAGUCUACGUCGUCGUCUUCAUAGCUGCCUGCGCCGCGGCUCAAAGCGCGAGCAAGAUUGUACCAGGACCUGCAGUCAGCGGUACGGUCGACUGCUACGACGAAAACGGGAAGCUGCGGCAUCCACGGCCGACGAGUAACCUGCUCGACUGCAAGCCAUGGUGCCCUCCAGGCUGUCCAGAAGGGGGAUGCUUUCGUCACAACAGGUGUAACUGCGGCACUGGUUACAAGGACGCGAGAACGCGAGAUGAGAUGAAGGCAAAGGCUCCCGUCAGAUGUGAGCCCGUAUGCAGAUAUGGGUGUGUCAACGGGGACUGCGUGGCCCCAGAGACAUGCGAGUGCUGGGAGGGCUAUAUGAAGGACCCUCUCCGUAUCAACACCUGCGUGUGGGGUGACUAACUGCAUACACAGCUGGCUUCCUACUUCACAGCACCAGAUUCCGGAAGCAGCGAUUAUCUCUUAUCACUACAAGUGUCAAGCAUCAGGAUACGAGUGUCAUUUCACAGAUAGUACAAACCUUCUUUUCGCAAGGUAAACAUCAAAUGUAUCACUUUUUGGUGGAGCAAAGCCUCUGAAGCUCACUGUAUUUGGAUAAUUAAAGUUAAAUAACUGUAUGUAUUCCUUCAAAAUAAAUAAAUGACACUAAUUAUUAAAGUA